UUGUAGUAGAAAAUAGACAAGAACGUUAAAAAAUGAGCAACGCCAAUGACGAUGAACCCCAUUUGACGCCCCAAAUACAGGAGCACUACGAGAAUGAAGUGGAAGUCCUGCGAUUACUUGUGGAUCUGGAGUUACGCUAUCGUGAUUACUAUAAGUUAUAUCUCUGCGAGAUUGAGACCCAAAAAAUACUCAUUGAGCGGGUGUGGGUGUUAACCCAACGGUAUUUGCUAGUCAUCAGUUCGGGAACCGGCUGCCGCUUCCCAGAGGUCUACACCCUAUCCGCCGAGGAGGUCAUUAUCAAUGAGUACGAGGAAAAACUGCAAGUGCUGCGUGCGUCUAACAAUUGCUUGAAGCACUCCAUCUUGGAGCUAAGCACGCACUGCAAGGAGUUUUACGCAGCUUAUAAAAAACUGGAUAAGAAGAUGGAAACUCCAUUUAUAUUGGGCGAUAAGCACCAUCGUUCCAUUCAGCACCACAAGAUAAUGGUUGUCGAUAUCUUCAACUAUUUCUACGCCAGUAUUUUAAAAAUGAAAGCGUUUAUGCAUCAGUUGGACCCCAUUAGCCUCGAAUCAAUCGAAGAUUAUCGCACAUUACUGAAACCUUGCGAGGAGUUUGAGGAGUAUUUGAUGAAACGUUUCCAAUACUGCAAAUGCCUGCAUCCGAGGCCCACUUGUCCCAUUGAAAAACUAAAGUGUCUGCACCAAAGGAUCACUAACUUGACAUUUGUCAGCCGGGUGUAGUUUUCUGCCGAUACGAAAUUUUAAUAAUUCAUGACAACCAAAAAAAUUCGUUCUACAUUAUUAAUAAUGACCAAUAUAUGUUGCUUAACGGUAAUAAAAUUUUAUAUUUCUCGCACAUUUUCAAUAAAAAACCAAAACUCUUUUGGAAUCUUUAAAAA